AUGCGUUUAAUAAGAACAAUACACAGCUGCCCACCGAGGUAUGCACAGAAUUUGAUCGAAAAGAUCGUCCAACGGUACAGUGUUGAUGGGUUGGAAAAACCAGAUGUGGAGUUGCACAGUGGGGAUUAUAUCAAUUUGAAACCCAGUUAUUGUAUGUCGCACGACAACACAUGGCCCAUAGCGUUGAAGUUUCUACAAUUGCAAAGCGAGAAAUUGUAUGACGCGAAUCAGAUUGUUAAUACGAUUGACCACGAUGUUCAAAACAAGUCGGAAGCGAACUUGCAAAAAUACGACAACAUGCGGAAAUUGGCUGGGCGGUUAGGCAGUCAUUUCUAUCCUGCAGGAAGAGGAAUUGGCCAUCAGAUUAUGAUAGAAGAAGGGUUUGCGUUCCCGUACCGGUUGGCGGUGGCCAGUGAUUCACAUUCUCCGAUUUACGGCGGGGUGGGGUGUUUAGGGGUGUCUGUUGUGAGGUCUGAUGCUGCUUGUAUAUGGGCUACGGGGAGGACAUGGUGGAGAAUACCUCCAGUGGCCAAAGUGGAAUUGAAAGGCCAGUUGCCGCGGGGACUUAGUGGGAAAGAUGUGAUCAUAGCGUUGUGUGGUAUUUUCAAGAAGGAUGAAGUGUUGAACCAUGCGAUCGAGUUCACCGGAGAAGGUGUGGGGAGUUUGAGCAUAGAUGAUCGAUUGAGUAUUGCCAACAUGUGUACUGAAUGGGGGGCGUUGGCCGGGUUGUUUCCUGUGGAUAGGCGCACGGUGGAAUACUACCGGGGCCGAUUGGGAGAUGUGGAGGCAAGCCACCCUCGAAUCAACAAAGAGAGUGUGAGUCAAGUUGAGUCUCGAAUGGCGACGAUGGUGGGUGAUGUGGAUGCAAGUUACAACAAGACAUUGCAGAUUGAUUUAUCGCGAUUGACACAUUACGUUGCCGGGCCGAAUUCUGUCAAAGUGAUGGAAUGUGCCGAUAAGUUGUCGCGCCAAGAAAUCGCUGUGAACAAGGCGUAUCUGAUCUCAUGCACGAAUAGUCGAUUAUCCGAUUUGCAGAAUGCAGCUGAGGUGUUCAAACGAUCCGGCCGCCAAGUUGCUUCUGGUGUACAAUUCUAUCUUGCAGCAGCGUCGUCUAUUGUACAAAGACAGGCUGAAUUGGAUGGUAGUUGGAAAGUCUUGGUAGAUGCAGGAGCCAUUGUGUUACCAUCUGGCUGUGGACCAUGUAUUGGUCUUGGGAUGGGGUUGUUGAAAGAAGGAGAGGUUGGAGUUAGUAGUAGCAACCGUAAUUUCAAAGGACGUAUGGGUGAUGUGAAGGCCCGAGCAUAUUUGAGUUCGCCGGCGGUAGUUGCGGCCAGUGCUAUUCUGGGGAAGAUCGGGACACCAGAGGAGGUUUUUGGGGAGCCAAGAGAGAUUUCCGGCGAUCUUUCCGGCGAUCUUUCCGCGGAAUGUGUGGAGAAUGCAAAGUCCGGGAUGCCACCGCAACCGAAAAUGCCGCCACAAGGAGAAGUCAUCGAAGGGUUCCCAGAACGUAUACAAGGCAGGAUUGUGUUCUGCAACAAUGACAAUAUCAACACUGACGGGAUCUACCCGGGCAAGUAUACGUACAACGAGAACAUCACACGCCAAGAGAUGGGCGAGAUAGUCAUGGAGAAUUACGAUACCGAGUUCACCAAGAUAGCACAGGCUGGCGACAUUCUGGUUUCUGGGUACAAUUUUGGCAGUGGGUCUUCACGGGAACAAGCUGCCGUGGCUCUGUUGGCCAAGGGGAUUCCACUGGUGGUUGCUGGCUCGUUUUCCAAUAUUUUCUGCAGAAACGCCAUUAACAAUGUCUUGUUGACGCUGGAUGUGCCUGAGCUGGUGGAAUAUUUGAAGGAGAAAUACAAGGGCGAUGCGAGGUUGACGAUCCGUAGUGAUCUGAAGCUUACGUGGGAUAUUCGCGACGGAGUGGUCGAUAUAAGCGAGAAUGACAAGGUAGUGUUCAGCAAGAAGGUGAAUGCACUGGGUCGGAUAGUGCAAGAGAUUGCCGUGCAGGGUGGAUUGGAAGGCUGGAUCCGUAACGAGAUAGCGAGGUAG